AGAGUGGGGGAGCACAUAGUGACGUUUCCACAGUAAAACUUAUAUCAGUUUUGACUUUUGAGUUCAGUUCAGUUCAGUUAUCACGAGAAACUAACACGGAUGGUCGCAGCGCGCGCGCAAAUGUGUGUCAAUAAUGUUGUUUAAUAUUAUAUUAGUUACCCUUAUGGGCGGUGCGUUGAGUGAGGCGCUAGUAUCGCGAUGUUGUGAGUCUGAAGGAGACGUCUUAGAUGACGAUAUGGUGGCUUGUGUUAACUCUGUAACGAAUGUUGAGACACCUGUGAAUAUAAUAUCCAAUUGUAGCUAUAACGAUCUCAUAUACGAAGCGGAGGACCAGUACAGUCAUACAGUCGACGAUGACGGGGUUCUACAUCUUACCGUAUACGGAGUCACAGAGGAAUAUCCUGCAAACGAAUUUUGUAUGGCAAAUGGAACAACUAACACAACUGGACGAGCCUUAGUCGUGUGCAUCGAGAACGAAGAUCCUAUACUGGACGCCAAUGUUGCCGGGUUCCUCAUGAUUGUGUCGUCUAUCCUGUUUGCGGUAACUACUGUCGUGUACUGUGCAUUGCCUGAACUCAGAGACCUCCAGGGCAAGAGUAUCGUUUGUUUCUGCAUCAGUAUUGGAGUUGGCAUGUGUAUCCUCGGCUUCCACAUCGUUACUUCUUAUGUAAAUCUAGAUUUUUGCGCAGUAAGAGCUUUCAUCGCAUACUUCUUUAUUGUUGCGAGCUUUUUCUGGUCGAAUUCAAUAGCACUGCAAAUGGUGUUGUUCGUACACCGCCCAAAUUUUCUGAAUCACGGCUGGAAGACAUUCGGUUGGUUCGCAUUAUACGCCUGGACAUGUCCGGCUCUGCUGACAAUGUGCAUGGCCAUAGUCAACUACCAUCCUGGACAUCACAGCAAACCCGGUAUCGGUUUUAAUUCAUGCUGGUUUUUGAAUAUACACCAACAGUGGUACUAUAUGUACAGUGUUAUGUCGAUACUGAUCGCAGCCAAUAUAGUUAUGUUCUUGUAUAUGUCAGUAUAUUUAUGGAGGAACACGUUUUCGUCCUCUCACGUGAAGGCCUUAAGAUACAAAUUCUUCAUGACACUGCGAUUAUUUCUCAUCAUGGGCUUGCCUUGGGUGUUUGAGAUGAUAAGCUCUCUGGCAGGAGAGCAUUGGGUUUGGGCUGUCAUAGAUGUCAUCAACUCACUUCAGGGUCUAUUGAUGUUCCUGGUAUUGGUGGUUUUCCGACGACGGGUGAUCAAGGCUUUGUUAAGGCAUGGCUACCUGAGUUGUGUGUCAGGGAAGAUUGAGAAGUACUUGGCUGUAGGUGAUGACGAUGAAGAAGUGAUCCAGUAUACGACGGACGUCCCAAUGGACAAUAGAGAUUGAUGAGAGAACAAAAUUUAUGCAGUUCAAAAGAACAGAAACUAAUGUUACAAAUUUUUUUAUACUAAUAUUUUUUUAUAGCAGCCAUCUAUUUAAUACCAAUAAACCUACACUUAAAGCUUACCUCAAUUGUUUAUAUAUCCACAUAUAUUACCACUAAUACUGUUUUUUUAGUUGUUUUUAAAUAAACAUCUAUUAAAUCAUAAUCUUCGAAACGUAAGGUUCAAUAAUCCAAAAGGUAACGAACAAAGAUUUUAUUCGCGUUAAUAAUAAUAAGAUAAUUUCUUGACUAAAUAAUCACAAGUACAAUAUAGUGAUAAGUAGAGACCGGAUUAUAUGCUACAAAAAAUUCCCAAAACAUGCAUGCAAAUAUGCAAGUAAAAACGAAUCACGAAAAUCCAUAAAAAAGGGCCAAAAUAUGCAUAAAAUUAAACAGGAAAAAAUAAAAAGUCAUAUUUUUAUUUCAUUUUAUAAAGGCUUGUACUGAUAAUCGUAUUUGUGAAAGAAACUAUUACAAGAUAUACCUACUUAGGUAACAAUGAAAUUUAAGAUUUACCUUUAAAAAUAUGUACUUCUAAGUACUGUUCUAAAUGUUCGUAAAAAGGAGCGUUCUACGUUUACUGAGGUUACUGGGCAGAAUUUUUUGAGUGCAAUGUUUGGGCAUACUAUGAAAAGCAUCGAACGAUGGGCGAGAUCGAGCGUAAAUAUGCACAAUAUUUUUUUUUUCUAAAAUAUGCAACUACCGCUGAAAAGGUGCAAAAGCAUGCAUUUGCAUAUAAUCCGGUCUCUAGAGAUAAGGAUAUAAUUAUUAUUUACUGAGUAAGAAACUCUAAUGUGUAUUCUGUACUAGAAAUGUACUUUUUGCCAUAGUGCUGGUACGAUCAUGUUAAACAUAAGUAGUCACACGAUUAUUUGUGUCCCUAUUUCUGUUGUAGUUUUAAGCCCAGAGUCAAGUAAUGAAACCUUAACUUCUCAAACAAUCCACGACAGCAAGUUGAAUUAAAUGAUAUCGUAUAUGGUACCCAAGCACAGGGUUUAUUAUUGCGUUCUUACGUCUUAUUCAUAAAUAUGAUUAGAAACAGUAGAGGUUUUUUGUAUAUUAAAAUUGAAUAAUUCGUUUUAAAAUUCAAAUUGAAGUAUUAUUUCGUUGUAUUGAAAAUAUGAUGUAUAUCGCUUAUAGAAAGUCAAAAGAUACCAGCCUUUCGAAAAUGCGUGCUUCAGACCUGAGAAUAACAGGCACAAGAAACUCAGAGAGCUUCUUUUUUUUUAAUAAAAAUAUUGUUCCAAUGUUGUAUCGUACAAAAAAAAUUAUAUUAAUACCCAAAACCCAACUCUAUUUAUUGAGCGAUAUCAAGAGAGGGACACAAGGCGGUUAACAUUUAUAGGCCGUUCCAUGUAUAUUUCAGGAUACUGUUAGCGGGGACCGUAACAAUCUCAUGUUUAGUAUUAAUAUUUAUUCUGUAGUUGCGUCUUUGAAUGAAUGCAAUAAAUAUUCUAAGGAAUAAACUCUUAAAAGUAUUAUAUAUCUUAAAGAUUUGAUCUACUUUACGUUAUUAAGUUGUGUUUUCAUGUUUUAAUGCGUGAUACUCAUGUUGUAUUUUUAUGUCCUAAGUUAUACAGCAUUUAUAUUUAUAAUAAUUGUGAAAAAAAAUAUUGUUAAUUGUAAUUAUUUUACUUUUUAUUGUUUCUUUUGUUAUUGUUUACCCACCAAUUACUUAUAGAUGAUAAAAAAAUUAUAUUUGUAACCUCAAUAUCAUUUUUGAAGACCUAUCCAUAAAUACCCAACACGUAUGGGCGUAAAGUCACAGAAGUUCGUGUCGCUUAAAGAUUUGCGGCCUUACAAAUAAACUUGGUAUAAAGUUAUAACUAAGCAUAAACAAAGAAUAUGCAAAAUGCUUACAAUAUCGUUGACAACACUGUCAAUACAAUGAUAAUUCUGAAGUUUUCCGAAUGACAAGCUGCCUUGCAAAUAAACGCGGGAAACGUUAUACGUUCGAACAAACGAAUCGUAAGCGAAAUGUAAACAUUUUGCAUUUUCUUGGUUUAUGAUUAGUUAUAACUUUAUGCCAGUUUUAUUUGUAAGGCCGUUGAUGUUAUCGAAACUACGAACAAAUUAUUGCAUUGUAAUCAGUGCUGGAUAAGUCUUCAAAUUUCCCGUUACAUACAUACAUACCUAGCUAAUAAAAUCUUGUUAAAAUGAUCGUACAAAUCUUAGUUCGUAGGUAUGUCGAUAUCACUCACGUCUCGCGAUAAGCCUGCGUGAAUCAACACUAGCAGGGGUGAGGUUCUACUUACUCAGUGGCGUGCGCUUCAAGUACAAUGGCAUUAUCUCAACUAAGAACCGUUUUAUACAUUGCGUUUUUCUAUAAUUAGAUUUUAUUACUCAUAAGUAUACACAUAAUAUCUCCUAACAUAGAUAAUUUAUACGUCCAGUCUCUCGCUGUUAGACAACCGAUAAAUACAGGCCAGGUUUAAUAUUUUAGUGUGCAUGACAAGCUACGUCUAACAAUCUCGAUUUUUAUGACAGGUGUGCGUGUAUUCCUCAAAAUAGACGUUAACUCUAGACUCAAUUUUUUUCGACGUUUUCACAGCUGUCAUAGUCUACCUAGACGUAUAAAUAAAUUAAUUAUUAGAAGUGACUGGCCAUCACAUUAUUUUAUUGAUUACAUUAAAACUAUUUAAUAAUAUGUUGUUCAUACAAUAAUAUUCAUUACGGUAAAAUUUUGUAAAUUGAUUCUUGUGAUGGAAUGAAUGAUCGAAGUCUUGUAAAUAACAUCUGCAUCGUUGUAUUUUUGUCUACUAAAUAUUUUUAAUUGGUUGAUCUAAUAUUUUUGUACAUUUAUAUAGGCGACAAUUUAAUAAAGAAAUAUUAAACAGAA